CUUUUUCUUGUUGUUUGACAGUUCGGUCUUCACGUUUGUUUACUUCUGCUGUGUGCAUAUUUAAAAGAAAAUAUUGAACAAAACUUAGUAAUUAAGUUUAUUUAAAGUGUCUUAUAUUAACAAAGUUAAUUUUACAAUGGAAGAACCAAGUCCCAAGAAACAAAAAAUGGAUUCGUCGGAAAUGCCUUUCCAAAUAAAAGCUGUGCUUUCUGAAGACCUGUGCAAUCCCAUUCCCCUUGAAUCAGUCAUUGUUAGUAGAAUAGAAAACAAAAAGUCAAUAUCAUCAAUUAUUCUUGAACUAAGUAAAUCUAUGCCAUUGCAAAGUUUGCAGCAUCUAAAAAGAGUUCGACAAAAUGAGAUAAUAUUAUGUCUUGCCUCAGAAGUUAAAUGCUUAGAAUCAUCUGAGAGUUUCCGAGAAAUUAUCAAAGACUACACUAUUUCUCAAGGUAUUUCUUUUGAAAUGGCAUCAAGACUUGGUGAGAACAUUUCUCUUAUAGAAGUUCCAUCUAUACCCACCAGGCUCCGCUGGCAGUAUGACAAAAUGAACAAACUGUGGCCUUGUAAAUUUCAUCCAAAUCGAUAUCUGGAGUCUUUGUAUGACGGAACAAAUUUUUCAAGUAAAGAAGAACAAUUCCAUUGUAGAAUCGCUAAGAUUAGCAAAAAACUAUCAGAAAUGGAAGGACAAUCUAUUGGAGUUUGUAUUGAUCCAAGAACGAACUCAGUUGUUGCAUUGGCAACGGGAAAGUCAAAAGAAAAUCCUGUAAUGCAUUGUCCGAUGGUUUUAGUCGAUUUUGUAGCUCGCAGUCAAAACGAAGGAGCAUGGCAGUACGAUGAUGAAGUAUUUCUUCAAUCAGAUGAUGUAAGACUUAAUUUGAGAGGAAUUCCUGAACGUUUUCGUAAUACAAUAGUGAAAGAAUUUCAAGAAGAAAUUAAUUUUGGAGCUGAAAAUAGUAACUUUAGAGAAGAGCCCAGAAAAGUGACCGAAGAAAUGUUGAGCACAAACAAUUUGGAUAAAUACGGUCCAUAUCUAUGCACCGGUUACGAUGUCUAUUUAACUGUGGAACCAUGCCUAAUGUGUUCAAUGGCACUCCUACAUAGUCGUGUUCGAAGGAUAUUCUUCAUAGAACCAUCAGAAAAUGGAGCUCUUCAUUCUAAAAUGAAAUUACACACAAUCAAAGAACUUAACCAUCAUUUUGAAGUUUUUCAUUUAUUGCAUAAGUGA